ACUUUUGGUUUGACGUUUAAUAAUUCAAAAUCAAGGUUUUCUAACCUUGCUUUAUUGUAUAACAGUAGUAUACUAUAAAAAAGAAAGAACUGCAUAAAAAGUGGCAAAUUUUAAAUUAAAAAGACAUUUAGGGCUUCAAAAAUAUCUAUAUUAUUACAGUACAACAUAAAUUACUUUGUAUUUUAUUCAAUUAAUGAAAACUAUUAGCAAAAGUAAAGUGGAAUUUCUAGAUAGACUCCAAACAAACAAUUGGCUGUCUUUUUGUAUUACUAACGUGUUAAAUGUGGCCUCUAGAGAAUUUUAUUUCUUAUACUCAACAAAAUGGAUCUUUGCCUUCAAUUAUACACUUUGAAGAGGAAGACAAAUUUGUAACUUUUACCUAUGUGGAAGUCUUUAAUUUCUAUAUAAAAUUUAAAGGAAUUAUGGCAGAAAUCAUGCCCCGCAAGUGGCAGUGCAUAGGGUUAUUGAUGGAUUUUAAUGAAUACAUUCCUUCUAUUAUCUUAAGCUUACUGGAUGAGCAUACAUUUAUGUUUUUGGAUCCAAAUAGUGUGGACAAUAGCAGCAUAAUUCAUGAAAUUGGACUUCAAUGGAUUAUUACAUUUCAAACACCCUUAACAAAUUUAAAAAAUACCAGUAAACAUGUAGCUACCCUCAUUGAAGGUUUAGAAGUAUACUUUUUGGAUUCUAAAGGUGAUCAUGAGUACUCAUUUGAUGAUAUAGCCUAUGUUAUUUCUUCAUCGGGAACAACAGGAAAGCCAAAGCUGAUACGAGUUCAGAAUUUUUGUAUAUUUUCAAAUAUUUUAUGUUUAAGGAAUGUUUUCAAAUUGGAAAAUAAUGAUGUUAUUUACUUUGGGACACCAUUGACUUUUGAUCCUUUUGUUGUGGAGCUUUUUUUGGGACUUACACUUCCUUGCACCCUUGUAUCAGUUUCAUCGAGGAUUAAAUUAAACCCUACAUUGCUUUACAAGAUAAUUUCUUUAAAGAUGGUGUCUUUUUUACAAAUUGUACCUUCAGUAUUUAUGCGGUGGGGGAACGGAAUUAUUGAAAACGUUCUAAACAGUUCUUCUUUGAAAAUAUUGGCAUUUGGAGGCGAAAAGUUUCCUGAAACAAUUCUUAAUUUCAAAAUUAAUGAGAAUAUUACUAUUUUUAAUUUGUAUGGUAUAUCUGAAGUGUCUUGCUGGGCUUCAGUUUCUAAAGUUUUGUUGAAUGAGGAAAUUAAUUUGGGAAUUCCAUUAGAAGACACUUUACUUGAAGUGCGUGAUAAGGAGGGGCUUAAAAUUGUUGAAGGGCAAGGAGAAUUAUUUAUUGGGAGCAAUUUGAGACUUUGUUUAAUAGAUAAGGAAUCAUCUUUAAAUUUACAAAAACCUGUUUUCAGAGCUACUGGAGAUUUAGUUAAAAUAAUUAACAAUUCUUUUGUAUUCAUGACCAGAAAGAAUAACGUAAUAAAACGUUUGGGAAAUAAAAUAAGUUUGAGUCAAGUGGAAGAACUUAUUUUUGAGAGAACUGGUUUAAACGCUGCUGCAGUUUGGUCUGAGCAAAAUCAAAAAUUCUACAUUUUUAUGUUAGUCCAAAUUGCUUAUCCGGAAAUAAAGGAUAAAGUAAAGGACAAAAUUAAACGAAAAUUAAUACAUUUACUACCCAAAGAGAUGUUUCCGGAUGUUUUGGAAAUUGUUCCCGCUUUUCCGACCNGUGCGUCAUUAAAAACUUCCGUUUUCGAACGUACGAAACUUUCGAUGAACUGCAAAUAA